CAUUUAUUCAACAUUUGUUCAACAGCUGCAAGCACGCAUCGACAAUGAGACCUUAAUAGCGUUGUAUCUACAUGAUCUUGUGAUCGGAGACAUCAUGUUCACGUUCGAGAGGACUGAUUGCUGUGAUACAGCGCUAAUAGCGUGCGAAAAAGGGCAUCUCAAUUGCAUAAGAAGAUUCAUAAAUGCGGGAAUCGGAGUCAAUUCAAAGAUCGAAUUCGGUCCUUCGCGACGAAAUCGUACUAUGCUACAUGUUACUUCUCAGCAUGGUCAUUUGGAAGCAGUUCAAGCCUUGGUGGAGAUACACUACGCAAAUGUGAACGUGGCAACUCUCUGCCCGGCAAAUAGAAAAACUGGAGGAACGCCAUUGCAUUCAGCAGCUGCUAAUGGGUACCAUAAGGUAGUCAGCUAUCUUUUAGUGCAAGGCGCUAAGGUGGAUGCGCGCGACCACAACUGGGAAACGCCCCUCAUGGACGGGGCUCAGAAAGGACAGUUCGAGUGCUUACAGCUACUUCUACAAGCGGGUGCGGACCCAAAUGCCAGGCAAAAACGAGGGGAGCAGCCACUUCACUGGGCGUGCAAUAAAGGGCACACCAAGUGCUCCUUGCUUCUACUCAACCAUGGCGCAGAUAUAGAUGCCGAGGAUGACGAUCACGAAACUGCGCUUCAUGAUGCAGCAGGCAGAGGGAGGGUAGAGACGACAUUAUUUCUAUUGCAAAAGGGAGCUUCUACUUCUGUCAGAGAGAAAGACGGGCAAACUCCGUUGCACUGGGCAGCAUAUCACGGGCAUUCGGAGUGUGUCAAACAUCUAGUAGAGUAUGGGGCGGAUCCUAGCGCGUCGGAUCAUGGUAUCAAGCCUUCCGUCAGCACCUUAAAACAAAUAUGCCAUCGCGCUGUUCGUCGGGAGAUAAUCGCACGACCGUCAAACACAGACACGUGGAGAUCCCAAAUGCCACAGGAUCUGAAUCGUUGGUUGGAUGCGACUAAGAACGACUGGAAGCUGGAGACCAGUCGAUUGGUUCUGUAGUGGUCAGCUGUUUACAUGACUGUAGUUUAAAUUUUCGGAAGCAAUCCCCUGCAUCAGCCGGAUUGUUUGAAACGGCGGUGUGAAUUAGGGGUUUUUUCUGGAACAUGUAUUCCAGAUAUCUACAAUUUUGGAGGUAGAUUGAAAAUGGGAGGUAGUAAACAUUCACCUGGUAAUGGUGAAGUAUCAUUGAAGUUAGUUAAUUUUACUCAUAUACAAUAAUGAAGGAAAUGUGACUUUAAUUUGCAACUCCAAUCCAUGCUGAACAGCACCGUGCUUGGUGAACUUACAUCCUAUUGUAUGGUUCAGGCGUAGUGGAACUGCGAGCUGUAAAUCUAGACACAUGCAUACCGACCAAUAGAGUGUCAUCAAUAUACGUAUAUAUGGCUAUGUGUACAACACUCUGAGGUAUGUAUCGGUUUAUCCACUCUCCAGUGACGUGCAGAUGUAGUCCAAACUCUUAAGAUCUCUCACAAGUAUCUCUUGUAUAUGGUAAGCCCUGCUGUAGCUCGAUUUCUUGUCCAUCAGCCGGUGCAUCGUGCUUACAACUAACGCCUGACAUAUCUAAUAUUCACCAAAGCAUAGUGAAGUACCGAUGUCUGAUUUUUUAUACCGUCGUCUGAUUUGUUUGUACUCUUAUAACUAAAGCCUGACAUAUCUAAAAUCCACCAAAGCAUAGUGAAAUACCGCUGUCUGAUUUGCUGUCUGAUUUGUUUGUACUGCUGAACUGUUCCUCUCGCCCCGUUCAGCACUAUUGUAGUUUUAUUGUCCAGCCCUGCACUUCCGCACUCAAGGGACCAUGAUCGCAUUGCUUCCACAGUGCUUUCUAGCGCAUACUGGCUAGUGCUAUGCAAGUAGCGGCCUCCUGGGAGUAGACACGACCAGCACUAUACCAUCGGCAAAGGCCUGGCAUGAGCAAGUAAUGCUGUUCAGCCCUAUAGUGUAUUGCAUUAUGGUCUGAUUCACAAUCCUGGCCUCAACCGAGUCGGUGUUGUUUAAAUAAAUUGCAAUCGAUCAUGACUCUUUACCGCGAAACUAGCAUUUUUCCCGCCUAGUCAUAUAUAAACUGGCCAUGUAAUCUGUCGGGUGAUCAACAACCAAGGCCAACUAGCUGACCUUCUUAUGGAUGAUACGUUUCUAUCAAAGGUACUAUAGGAUGCUUGCAAUAACAAUUGAGCACAGCCAGCAGCGAAGGUCUAGCCAUACCGCUCUAGCCAUAUUGGGCUCACCGUCUGUCACAAGUGAGAUACUACAUUCCGGAUUAAUUCAGCAUAUUGGUCUAUCAGCAUAAUUGGUCUAGCCCAUUUCCGUCUUGCCAUCACACCUCGCAAUCUAAAUCAUCCGGUAGUUUUUCUAGUAGCGACCAACCGGCCGUGGCCUUCAUUGUCUGGCCAACCACCCAGCCAAGUCAUCCGCAUCCAUAGCCAGAUAGCCAGCCUUCUCCUCGGGCGUGUACGUCCUGAUCGGCGGGGAUACAGCGUGCACUAGAUAGUUUUGCACGGCUCUUCGCAGCGACUUCUGCGACGGCGGACUGGACGCCCGCGGCUGUCCCACCACAAACGCAUCGAAUGGAUGGUACUUCUCAAUUGUACGUGAGCUCGAGAAUCCCUGGGAGGCGUCCUGGGUUGCCGACAUGGCCUCUGCCCGGGCUUGUUGCUCUGGCGUCUGCAACUGCCAGAGUGGUCCCCUGGUGCGCUUGUACCGUCGGUUUAACAUCAGUCGCAGAACCCUUCUGACCGCGGCCUCGGCCAUGGCGGUGGUGUGAGAGUGCAGAUCUAGCAGCCCGUCGUGCUUGAGGUUAAUCCACGCACGCCAGUGGUGCGCUUGCACCAUGUACUCAUACAGUGCAUCGCACACGUCCAGUUCGCCCAUCUCGGCCCCUUUAUUUAUGAGGUACUUGGGGACAAAGGCAUCCAAGCCAGCCGUAUCAUCGAUGCCACGCUGCAGCACCGUGAACAUCUUCUGGCGCUCCUUGGCUGCCAAGCAGGUCUUGGACACGGCGAGAUAGAUGCGGUCAUUCCUGGGCACAUUCAAUGCAAUCAUCUCACCCAGGAAGACGAUCGUUUGCGGCCAGUUGCUGUUGCGAGAGUGUGCUUCGAGCAAGUACAGAUACAUCUCAGUGUCGCACUUCAGCUUCUCCCUCGUCAGAACAGGUUCAACUCCAAGUACUUCCUGGUGUUUCUGUGCCUGAUAGAAUCUUCGCAUCGCCUCUUUACACGUCCGAGUACUAAGGCGUAAAUUCUUCUUAUUCGCUUUCGUAAACAACAUGGCCGCGCGGUCGAGGUUUUGGUUUUUCAAUGCAAACUGAAUAGCUCCCUCGAUUGCUCGCCGUUCUUUUUUCCCGCCUUUAUAAACUUCUGGUUCAACCUUCGGAGGCGGUAUUCCGCCAGAACAUGCUUUAUGAUUUUCUAUAUCUAUCUCUGCAGAUCUCUUGUUGAUUUCCUUGUUUAUAUGAAUGUUAUCCUUGAGCACAUGUCUACUAUUAAACGUUGCACCGUGUCCCGAUGUUUGAGACACUCCAACCUGUUUGUCAGUUCCAUCUAUCGGUACGCACAAGUCAUCAAUCAUAUCGAGCAUCGUAAGUUUGUCCAGAUCUUCCGCUUGAUCAAUAUUCAUGCUCGUGAAUGCUUGUGAGCGUUUAUCUUCAGUAGCGAUGCAUAUAUUUUCUCUUGAAUUUGUUGUGGAUGUGUGCAGCAUGCGAUAUGAAAUAGAAGAGCCGGGUGUAAUACAAUCAAGGAUUCUGAUAUAUUCAUACUGGUUAAUACAUCGUUUUACACUUUGACAAUUGCCCCUUCCCUGUACAUGCAAACAUCGUGGCCUGACGUAUCUACCCUGUCUCAUCAAAAUCUCGCCGCAAUAAAAGGGUAUGUGACGGCGUGUGGUCAUGCUUCCCAUCGCAAGCUGGUUUCCCUUAAAUAAAGUAUGUGUUGAUCGCAUCCCUUUCACGGUACAUCUUACACUGCUCAUUAUCAACCUACGAGUGCACUGCAUAAUGAAAGAUUAGUUGUAUCGGUAGCCUUUGCAAGUAUAGCUAAUACUGAAUAGACGACGCAAACUCUUUUGAAACAGUGCUCGGUGUGCGUUCGGCACUCUUCUUC